CCGUCCGCCCCGCCGCCGAACCCCGCCCGACGCCCGCCCCCGCCCGCCCCGCCGCCGAACCACGCCCGCCCCAGUCCGUGAACCCUAGAUGACGCCGACGAACGGUGCAGCAGCGCCAGAAGCGGUGGCGGAGGCAGCGCUGGCCCCCGAGGUGGAGUCCGACGCGUUCCAGUGCCAGGUCGACGACCUCGUCUCCAAGACCGACGUGCUAGAGAGACGGGUGAACGAGGUGGUGGACUUCUACGAUGGCAAGAAGCACGGCAGCGGCGGGCGUAAGGGCGGCAGGCAUGGGGCAUACGGGAGGGGGAUGCCCGACCUUAUGCGCCAGUUGGGCGUGAUUUUACGAGAGAUCACCGAUGAUAAUGAUGCAUGGCCAUUUCGGGAGCCAGUGGAUGUUGUAGGACUGCACCUUCAUGACUAUUACAAGAUUAUUACCAAACCUAUGGACUUCUCUACUAUUCAAAAUAAAAUGGAAGGGAAGGAUGUUACCACUUACAAAAAUGUUCGAGAAAUAUAUGCAGAUGUUAGAUUAAUUUUUGCCAACGCAAUGAAGUACAAUGAUGAUGAGAAUAUUGUCCACUUGCUCGCUAAAUCAUUGCUUGAGAAAUUUGAAGAGAAGUGGCGGCAAUUUCUUCCUAAAGUUGAGAGUGAGGAAAAAAGACAAAAGGAAGAGGAAUCAAAGGGUGUUCUAGCCACCAAUACUUCUCGAGAAGCAGCAAUUGCAAAGUUAGCAAAAGAUACUGAUGAUGAGCUGAAUCAGAUCAAUAAACAGCUGGAGGAACUCCGGAAAAUGGUGGUCCACAGAUGCAGGAAAAUGACCACAGAUGAGAAGAGGAAACUGGGUGCAGGUCUCUGCCACUUGUCUCCAGACGAUCUUAACAAGGCACUAGAAAUUGUUGCACAAGACAACCCAAGCUUCCAAACUAAAGCAGAAGAAGUGGAUCUCGACAUGGAUGCUCAGAGCGAGACAACACUAUGGAGGCUGAAAUUCUUUGUGCGGGAAGCGCUGGAACGACAGGCCAACGUUGCCUCUGGGAAGAUGGACGAGAACGCCAAGAGAAAGAGAGAGAUAUGCAAUGCCCUGGCCAAAACUGCUUCAAAACGAAUCAAGAAGCAGCCCUAGCAGUCCAGACCUUUCUUUGACUGCCACUGAUUGUUCAGAAUGUUUUUGAAGUAGGAGUAGCCUUGGUAAAACAAUUUUUGCCCUUUCGUGUGCAGUCGUCGUGUACAUAGUAUGCAUUGGUCUGUAACUCGUGAGUGUUUCGAAAUUGCAAAAUGUCUGGUGAUUGCUUCC